UAUUUUUUAAAGAAAUUUAUCAGAUUUUUACAGGGGGACCAGAAAAGGGUUCUCGCUUUUCCACAGGCUCCGUCCAAACAGAGUCCAGGGCUAAAAAUACAAAAUUUUGUAUAAAUUGGACUCCAUUCGAAACUUCUCCCGCAUAAAGGUCCUCUUUGUGCUGCCCUGGAAAUGGUGUACAAAUAACUCUUUAUUAAUGCCACAAAAAGGACUUUAAUUAUAUUUACGCAGAUCAAGAAACAGGGUCACCUGAACAUCUGAAAUUCACAACCGCGCUUUUGUUUCAAAAUAAACACACGCACUCACAACCCAGCGCCGGGGCGCGGAGCUGCCGCGCUCGCAGCUCUUCUCCCCGCUCGGGAUGGGGUUUUUGGGGGGGGUCCGAACACACCCCCCCCGCUUUCCCUGCGGCUCCAUCCGCCUCUUCUCCGACAAAAGCCCCCGGAGCAUGUGGGAAAGUUAUUAAACUCUCUCAAAUCUGGAGAUUUACUUAGGGCUCCUGCUUCCAAUCUUCCCGGCGGGAGAAGUACGGGAACGUUUUCAAGACGCACUUGCUGGGGCGGCCGCUGGUGCGGGUGACGGGGGCGGAAAACGUGCGGAAGAUUUUGAUGGGGGAGCAUCACCUCGUCAGCACCGAGUGGCCCCGCAGCACCCGAAUGCUCCUCGGACCCAACACCGUCGCCAACUCCAUCGGCGACAUCCACCGCCACAAGAGGAAGGUUUUCUCCAAAAUCUUCAGCCAUGAGGCACUGGAGAGCUAUCUCCCUAAGAUCCAGCUAGUGAUCAAAGACACUCUUCGUGCCUGGAGCAGCAAUCCCGAGUCCAUCAACGUCUACCACGAGACCCAGAAGCUCACCUUCCGCAUGGCCAUCCGUGUCCUGCUGGGCUUCCGCAUCCCUGAUGAGGAACUCAACCGCCUCUUCGAGGUCUACCAGCAGUUUGUGGAGAAUGUCUUCUCCUUGCCCGUGGAUCUGCCCUUCAGCGGCUACAGGAGGGGCAUCCGGGCACGCGAGACGCUGCAGAAGGGGCUGGAGAAAGCCAUCCAGGAGAAACUGCAGAACACGCAGGGCAAGGACUACGCCGACGCGCUGGACAUCCUGAUAGAGAGCGGCAAAGAGCAUGGCAAGGAGCUAACCAUGCAGGAGCUGAAGGAUGGCACCCUGGAGCUCAUCUUCGCCGCCUACGCCACCACCGCCAGCGCCAGCACCUCCCUGAUCAUGCAGCUCCUCAAACACCCCCGCGUCCUGGAGAAGCUGCGGGAGGAGCUGCGCAGCAAGGGCAUCCUCCACAACGGCUGCAUCUGCGAGGGUUCCCUCCGGCUCGACAACAUCAACAGCCUCCACUACCUGGACUGUGUCAUCAAGGAGGUGCUUCGCCUCUUCACCCCCAUCUCCGGGGGGUACCGGACGGUGCUGCAAACCUUCGAGCUGGACGGUUUCCAAAUCCCCAAAGGCUGGAGCGUGAUGUACAGUAUCCGGGACACCCAUGACACCGCCCCCGUCUUCAAGGACGUGGACAUCUUCGACCCGGACCGCUUCGGGCAGGGUCGAAGCGAAGACAAGGACGGCAGGUUCCACUACCUCCCCUUCGGAGGAGGCGUACGGACCUGUCUGGGCAAGCACCUGGCCAAGCUCUUCCUCAAGGCGCUGGCCAUCGAGUUGGCCAGCACCAGCCGCUUCGAGCUCGCCACCAGGACUUUCCCCAAAAUCACCCUGGUGCCCGUGGUCCAUCCGGUCGACGGACUCAAGGUCAAAUUUUUCGGACUGGAUUCCAACCAGAACGAGAUCCUGACGGGGACAGAUGCCAUGCUGGGGGCAACGGUGUAAAGCCCACGCCGGCGGCGCGAGGGAUGGGCGGCCGGGGGACGGAGGGUUGGGGUGGGGGCAAGGGGACGAACAGGAGGGGAGGAGGAGAGAGGGACGAGAAGCUUCUCCACGACGCUCGCUUCGCAGAGCCUCCGGGUCGGGACUGCUUUCUCCACCAGUGAAGCUGCCAAAACCGUUUUGCUCUUCCCGCGGGGCGCGGAGAAGGUUGGGGUGUCGUCAUGCGUCUCGUUUCGUUCGAAAGGAGGAAGAGUCGCAAAACCCAAGUCAAGCUGGGAUGUCUGACCAUACACAGUAUCUAAAUAUUAUAAAUAUAUAUAUAUAAAUAUCUAUAAAACACUUCUGCUGCGAGGAGGAGCGCUGCAAAGGCCCGACUGUGGGAAAGGCUUUGGAAAUCAGCCGACGAUCAGAGGUCUGGCGUCCCGGGGUGGCUCUCGGGUGGCCUCUGAUUUUUUUUUUUUAACAGUGUUAAAUUAGCUGGUGAUAACAGUGUUUUGUUUUUUGGUUUUGAUUUUUUUUUUUUUUUUGUUAAUUUGUUUGGUUGUGUUUUUUGUUUCGGGGCGUUGGAGGCUUUCCUUGGUGAGGGGGAGACGAGUGAUGCCCGUUCCCAUCCCCUCUCCCGCUGGUGCUGGGGCAGGCUGGGGAGGGGGGACUGCCGUUUCGCCUCUGCUGCGGGACCGAAAAACCCUGUGGUGUCUUGUCCAGGGCUGAACGGACGGUGAGCCGUCCUUCUGAGGCCUCGGACAAGUACAUAUUUGCGUUUUGCAAAAUGCGUUUUGCAUUUGGGGCUUUGGGUGGUGGGGUGGGGGGGGUGUCCUUUUUUUUCUCGUUGAGUUUCCUGCUGCUGCUACACGGCCUGUGUGCACCCAUUCCCCCGCCACAGCCCCUCACCAGCCCCUUUCCCAUGCAAAGGCACCCGUUUUGGGGCCAUUUCGGUGCCUUUGCUCUCCCUGAAGGUGCAGGCACCAGCCUCCGAACUGCAUGGCCCCGCUGACCCACCACGGCUCCGCGAGCACCGGGGCGCUGAGCAAAGCCGCCCCGCUCAGAGCUGCUCGUUUCGGUGCGUCCUCUUCCGCAGGAGGUGUUUGCAUUAAAGGUGAUCUCGAUAAAUAAGCCAACGCACGCAUUGUUUGUCUCGUGUUUGGGUUUUGUUUGGCGAUGGGAGAGCUCGGCAGGAAGGAGAGCGAGCGGCCGGCUCCUUGCAAGCUGUCUGCCCUGUCCCACCGCUAACCCAGGAGAGGGCCCCUACCCAAAACUUCUCCGGCACAAGCAAGCAGCCACCAAGGUAUCUUGCAUUCGAUUUGCUGGGUGGGUUUAUUUUAUUUUAUUUUUCGCAUGCAGGAGGCUUCUGGGUUGAGUGUGGGAUGGGUGGGUUGUGUUGAAAGGGGACGUGGCCUUGCAUGUGGGUGCAGAGCAAAAGCUCCCCGAGCGCCCUGGCAGGGGUUUGGUUCAGACCAGAGCCAAGCACCGGGUCGGGAGAUCCCUCUCUAACUUGAGGCAUCUCUGCCCAGCCUGCCCAGCCCCGCUCCUCUCCCAUCUCCUGCCCUCCGGGGUGGAAAGAACAACACAAGGACCACGGCUGAGACCUCUUCUAACCGUGAUGGGAAAAGAUCUUGUGCUUGGGUGGGCAGCUUGGCUUUCAGCUUUAAAGGUGUCCAGAUAAGUCGGAGGGGUUGAAAUAAGAAAGGCGAAGGGGCAGAUGUGACUUACCAGGUUGCUUUGCAGGUCGUGCUUUUGAUGAGUGGGUGCCUCUUUGGAAGGUCGAAGGAAGUGUGAAGCGAGCGAUGGUGAUGGCUGCCUUUGCCAGCCCGUCGUCUGGUGGGGGCAAGGAGGAGGGAGGCAGUUUUUUAGCCGGGGGAAGCACUUGAGGUCGGAUUGCCGUCAGCCAAGCUGCCAGAAACCCCCCCAGAAGCAUCCCGGUGGAUGGUCUCUACUCACACCGGGGUGCACAGCUUGAUUUUUCAGGUUGAUUGAACCUGAAAUAGAACUCCCAGUCUUCUAGGAGAUGCCAUUCAGAUCCAGAGCUUGCCUUCUGGUUGGUAAACAACGUGCCAAAUCCAAAAGCAAGGUCUCGGGAGCCUCUGGCUGUGGGCACCGUGUCCCUGAAGCAGAGGCUCAGCUAGUUUGCCAGCCUGGAAAUUUUGAGUGAAACACUGCUAGCUCAGGCACUGUUGAGAUUUCAGGUAUUUUCCUUGUCCCUGAUGGAGAGAAAACUUUCCCGGUGAUCAAAGGAGCUUAAUCACAAUUAAAAUCCCAAAGGGCGAAGAAGCAAAGAGGAACAUAAACCUGAAUGUGGUGGGAAGGGGUGAGUCUCCCAGGGGCAAACAUUUGGGGAAAGGUAAGUGGCACGUGAGGGUGUCCGUGGUCUUUGUGGAGGAUGAGCCCUUGUAGGACAUGGGGACGGGGGCAGGAGGUGGAUGGUCUGGGGUGGGGUGAAAACCCAUCAGAGCCCCCCCGCCAGGUGCUCUCCAGGAGCCCCCAUCUCCACCUGAGACCUGCCAGGGGAAUAAAACUGUGCUCGGGGGAGAGGAGGCUGAAAAAGGGGAAAGCUGGAGAGGGGAACGGACAGCAAGGUUAAAAGGUCUGGUUGAAGCUCAGAGGUGGCUUCGCGCCGCGCUGCGGCGAGCAAAAAUCUCCUGGGCAGGCUUUUCUGAAAGGGCUCGGUCCCGCUUGUGCUUACGGGAAAUCAGUGAAGGGUUUCGCUGAAAUUUUUAUUUUAACUUCCAAUGUCAUUACAAAGUGAAAACCAAACAUGCUUUUGAGUGAGUGGUUGAUUGGAGAGCGGUAAUAUAAGAUGCAUACAUCCAUUAUAUAUAUAUGCUUACAUCAUGUGUAUAUAUAAUGUUUGUGUGUGUGAGUAUUUAAUCUAGGCAUAAGUAAGUCAUGCUUUUGUUUUUCCAUUCCUAACUAAUAUAACUUGACUAAAAAAGUUGCUGCAGUGGGUUUGCAGAAUAAAGCACUUUGAAUCUCAGAAUUGUUUGUUUGUUUUGUUUUGUUUUUUUUUUUUUCUUAGCACAGUCCAAUUUGCUAUAAUAUUAUUUUAUACACAAAUUUUUUUUUUUUGGUCUGUCUUUAUAAACUAUUAUAAGUACUAUUUUUGUUAUAAUUCAAAAUAGAUAUUUAGUAUAAAGUUUUGCUGUUAAAUAUUUGUUAUUUAGUAAAAUAUGAUUUUUUUUCUCUUUAUUGUAAACAUGGUCUGGAAAAAUAUUAAUAUGUUUUAUCACAGUUGUUUUUAAUAUUAAAAAAAAGAAAAAAGCACUUGUGGAGUUUUUUGUUAUGAAAUUGGUGCCGUGUGAACAUGUGUUUCAGUCAUGUGGUUUUUAAUAUGUAUAUAAUAUUAUGUGUCGCAUAUUAAAAUGAAUGUUGUGUAUUUUGUGAUCUUAAAAAAAAAAAUAAUCCAUGUGGCUAUUUUAUAGACUUCCAUAAUAAAAAGAGUUGAAUCUCCA